AUGUUGUAUAAUACACAAUGGAAUUCCCCUAUUUUCCUCUCUAUUCAGUGUCUCAUUCACCAUAACUAUCUUUCACCAAAUUCUCUCUCUUUCUCCCUCUCCCACUCCUUUCCUUCUCCCUCUCUUUCUCCUCCUGGUCCUCUUUUUCCUUCUGUUUUCCUCUGUGCUCUAUUUAUCACUUCUCUUCUUUCAGGAGAAGACUUUUUGUGUGUAAAUCAAUCCAAGAAGAUACAUGAUGACUUACAACUUAUUGUAUUUUCUUAUAUCCCUUUCACACAAGGUAACAUAAAUCAAAAUGAAAACUGUUGA